UUCCCCCUACGAGCUGAACGCAUGCGCACAAAACGCCUCUCUGGUGCUGUUAAGUAGAACUUCCGGUUCUAAGCUUAUUCACUCUCUAAUCUAUCAGCUAUCGUGUCCGGUUCCGCUAUGGACGCGGCUCCGCAGCUCGUCUACGGCGGAAUCGAGCCCCGGUGGUUCACUUUACCGAUGCGCUAUGCGUCACCGACCAGAAUUACUGUUCGGAAACGAACCAACCGUGUUUUCGCCGUUGCCACCGAGCCGAAACCUUCUCAAACCGGACCCGAUAAAUCAUCGUCACCGCAAAAUCUCAAUGGCUCAUCGAGGUCGCCUCCUUCCAAAACUGUUAAUGGAGUUUCCUCAAGAUCUUCGCCGUUGAAACCAGUCAACGGAGCUUCCACAAGGAUCGGUGAAGUUUCACAGGAGAUCAAAAGAGUGAGGGCGCAAAUGGAGGAAAACGAGCAGUUGGCGAUACUAAUGAGAGGACUUCGAGGCCAAAAUUUGAGAGAUGCUCAGUUUGCCGAUGAUAAUAUUAAGCUUCGCCUAGUUGAGCUAGACGAGAGCAGUGAGUUUUUACCUUUGGCAUAUGAUCCUGCUAGUAUUUCCGCCUAUUGGGGAAAACGGCCGCGCGCUGUUGCUACCAGAGCUUUCCAAUUACUCUCUGUUGCUGGGGGUUUUCUCUCUCGCCUUGCUUGGGAUGUUAUAAACAAGAAGGUCAAAGAGAAUGAAGUUGCUAGGGCCAUUGAAUUAAGGGAAAUUGUAACCUCUUUGGGUCCAGCAUAUAUAAAACUUGGUCAAGCAUUGAGUAUUCGUCCAGAUAUACUGUCACCUGUAGCAAUGACUGAGCUACAAAAGCUUUGUGAUAAGGUUCCCUCAUUUCCAGAUGAUGUAGCAAUGGCUCUUAUUGAGCAGGAGCUUGGUCAGCCAUGGCAUAACAUCUAUUCUGAGCUUUCUUCUUCUCCAAUUGCUGCAGCAUCUCUAGGGCAGGUAUAUAAGGGUAGGCUAAAAGAGAAUGGGGAUCUGGUGGCUGUCAAAGUACAGAGGCCUUUUGUUCUUGAAACCGUAACAAUAGAUCUGUACAUUAUACGAAAUUUGGGUUUGGUUCUUCGAAAGUUUCCUCAGAUAUCAAUAGAUGUUGUUGGGUUGGUUGAUGAAUGGGCUGCUCGUUUUUUUGAGGAACUAGAUUAUGUUAAUGAAGGUGAAAAUGGGACUGUAUUUGCAGAAAUGAUGAGGAAGGACCUUCCACAGGUUGUUGUGCCAAAGACUUAUGAAAAGUAUACUUCAAGAAAGGUUCUUACUACACAAUGGAUUGAUGGAGAAAAGCUCUCACAAAGUACAGAAAGUGACGUUGGAGAAUUGGUCAAUGUUGGAGUUAUAUGCUACUUGAAGCAGUUGCUUGAUACUGGAUUUUUCCAUGCCGAUCCUCACCCUGGGAAUUUGAUCCGUACUCUAGAUGGGAAGCUUGCCAUUCUUGACUUUGGUCUAGUCACAAAAUUAACAGAUGAUCAGAAAUAUGGAAUGAUUGAAGCUAUUGCCCACCUCAUUCAUCGGGAUUAUGCUGCUAUUGUAAAAGAUUUUGUUAAACUUGAUUUCAUUCCUGAGGGAGUUAAUUUGGAACCAAUCUUACCAGUCCUGGCUAAGGUUUUUGAUCAAGCACUUGAGGGUGGAGGAGCAAAAAAUAUUAACUUUCAGGAGCUAGCAUCAGAUCUGGCAGAGAUAACAUUUGAUUAUCCAUUCAGAAUACCACCUUAUUUUGCACUCAUAAUUAGGGCAAUAGGUGUGCUGGAAGGUAUAGCUUUAGUGGGAAAUCCUGAUUUUGCUAUUGUAGAUGAGGCCUAUCCCUAUAUUGCACAGAGGCUUCUCACUGAUGAAUCCCCUCGCCUAAGGAAUGCUUUACGCUAUACAAUUUAUGGGAAGUCUGGUGUUUUUGAUGCUGAAAGAUUCAUCGAUGUCAUGCAAGCCUUUGAGAAUUUUAUCACUGCUGCGAAAAGUGGAGGUGGAGAAAAUUUGAAUGGGAAUAUGGCUGAACUUGGCAUUCUGCAAAGUCAAACAGGUUAUAAUUAUCCUGGAUUUGCAUUAAUUUCGUCUCAACCAACGCAGCCAAUUCAAACAAGGGCGGCCUUAGCAUUUUUGCUCUCUGAGAAGGGGAACUUUUUUCGAGAAUUUCUUCUGGAUGAGAUUGUAAAAGGUAUUGAUGCUGUUACAAGGGAACAGCUCGUACAAAUACUGGCAGUCCUUGGAGUGGGAAAUGCUGCCCCAGUUUUCAGCAUGGUACCUGGACCCUUUAAGCCUGCAGGACUUCUGCCGACGAUAACUGAAGAGGAUAAAAUUAUCUUGAAUAACGUUCAGAAAAUUGUUGAGUUCUUAACAGCAGGAAGUUCAAUAUCAAGGACAUCGGGUCAGGAUGUGAAUGUUGCUCGGAUCAUACAAGAGCUGCUUCCCAUUUUACCAGGCAUCUCAGCCAGAGUGCUUCCAGAGGUGUUAACACGGCUUUCAUCUCGUGUAGCAGCACGCAUAAUUAGAGAUACAUUUUUGUAGGUGCAAUCUUUUUGUCUUAACUGAUCCCCCACUUGCGCAUAGAUUUGUAUAUGGGGACACGAUAAUGCAUACUAUAAGCAUCUUUUGUUGCACGUCUAGAAUGAAGUAUGGCAUAUUUAAGUUAUUGAAUAUCCGGCGUAGAAAAAGGCUUGCACAAGGCCUAAUUGCUGACUUGGCCUUUGAGCGGUUAAACAUUGCAAUAAAAGAAAAUUUUGUUCACCGCGUAA